UUUUUCAUAAUUUGUAUUUUUUUUAAUAUAAAGAACUCUUCUUUUUUUAUAUAAAAAGAUACAAGGUAAAUAACCUUAGAAUUGGAUGGAUGAAUUUAAUUUGUGGAUGGAUAUUGUUUUUUUUUUGUAUUUUUUUAAAAAAAAAAUUAGGGAGAUGACGCGUUUUAUUUUUUAUACAUUUAAAUUAGAAAUUUGCGGUUUUAUUAAUUACACAUUUCUUUCUCUUUUUUUUUUUUUGAAUUAUAAUUAAUUUAGAAUGGCUGAACAACAAACUCCUACAUUCAAGCUUGUCCUUG